GUUAAUUGAAACUAGAAAGGCAACAUUUUCUAUGAAUAUCCAUGAUGUCUCCCUUCUCAGUAAUUUGCCUUUAGCGAAAUCGCAAAUCUCUAUUACCAGAUAGGGAAUAGCUAAUAUUUUGCUGAUAUUUGCUGGAACAGUCAAUAUGCUGAUGUUAUCCUAGAUGAAAUUUUAAACACUAUUUCCCACUCAAACAACAAAUUGCAAAGACAGCUUGGACUAAAGAGUUGCUAGUCUGUAUAUCACCAGUCUCCUGAUAGUUUUGUAACAGUUUUGUGCUCCCUUGAUGCUUUUCUUAUUUCGUUGUUGACAUUUCUAUUGCAUUAAAUCCUUCCCAGGUAACCUGUCUGGCUGUACAAACGGCAGGGUGUGCGUGGCUGUUGUAACAGCCGCCUUCAUAGCGUUCCUGAUCAUCGGCUGGACCGUGACUUGGCUAUAUUUCAGUGGGAAGAACCAGGACACUCACACGCCAAUGACAUCAGCUAUGCUUACUACCUACACUCCAAGCGGCCCCCCUGAGUGCUGCAGCUUUGAGAGGAAGGGAGGGGCUAAUCUCACGGUCAUGUCCACGGGGACACCAACUGCCAUCAAUGUCACACUGUCAUCGGCUUCUAUCAAGUCAGAAAGUGCAGCACUGCCCAAAACCUACGAAGGCCCACAUGGCAUCGCACUGCCCAAAACUUCCGACAGCCCACCGGACGCCACACAACCCAAAGCCUCCAGCAUCUCACAAGAGAAGAUUGUCUUUGGCGGACCAGGAGUGUCCCCAGGGAGGUUUUCGAUGAACCGCGCAGUGGCCGUGUCUGCCGACGGUGAAAUAUUCGUGACCGACAAGGUCAACAAACGAGUCCAAGUCUUCGACAUCAAUGGCGUCUUUCUCCGCCUCUUCCCCACUGUCACCAGUGUCGUGUCCUCUAGAUAUCAUCAACAGAAAAUACUACCUACCGACAUCUGCAUCGACGGAGAGGGUCACCCCUGGGUAGUGGGACAAAAGAAAUUUGGUUACGGCGGUCCUGUAUAUGUAGUACAGUACAGUCGGAGUGAUAUUCCGCUACCACUGACCAGCUUCGGCGUGAACGGCCAAUCAAACUCUUGGUCCAACGACGUUGCCAUGGCGUUGGACGUGCGCUAUAAGAAAAUCAUCAUCAUCAUACUUCAGGGAAUCCUGAUGUACCACACAAACGGAUCGUUCUACAGGAGUAUGGAAAGGGCGCCACGUCCAUCCACUACAUUUAACCAAUUCUUAUAUGUCACAACCGCCAUUGGAGGAAGGGUCCUUGUGACGGAUUCUACAUACAACACGGUCCAUGUGUUCGGCCACUCCGGACGCAGGCUUUUCGGAUUUGGAGGCUCUGGCGGGGAUAACCAGCUGCUGCGUCCUAUGGGCGUGUAUGCGGACAACUCCGGUCACGUUUUGGUAGCAAACUAUGAAAAGGAUCGGGUAGACAUGUUCACAAGCAGUGGGCAGUUUGUCCGCACAAUCGUUGAGAUAGAAAACCCGUGUGGUAUCGCUGUGGGCCCAAGGGGACAGUUAGUGGUGACUAAUGUGGUUAACAACACUGUAACCAUCUAUCCAGGAACAAAGUUAAAUCCGUAGCAUUUACAGCUAACGCUAGUUCGCCCUUAUCAGUGGGGUAACCUAUAUCCGUUGCUUUCAGAA